CGCAUCUGGUCGUCAUCAGCAGCAGCAGCUCCUCCUGCUCAGAUGUGACUCAGCCAGAGUGGGAAGACAGCUUCUUCUUCUUCUUCUGCUCAGAGGACUUCUGUGAAAAACUUCUUCAAAACUUGUCUCUCUCCGGCAGCAGCAGCAGGACGCGCUGAUUUUUUUCUCUUGUUUUGGCGUUGACGCGCGCCGCCGGAUGGAUUGUGUUUAGGGGUUUGUUGGGGAAAAAAGCAGCCGCAGGCGAGGAGAAAACUUUGCUGAAGUUUGUUUAAGCCCUGCGCGGCUAAUCUGGAUGUGAACAGACCCGAGUUCUGCUCGGAAGAACCGGAGUCUCUCUCUCUCUCUCUCUCUCUCUCUCUCUCUCUCUCUCUCUCUCUCUCUCUCUGUGGCCGGUUUGUGGAGGCGCGGAUCUUGUUGGCUCGCUUGUGAUUCUUCCCUUUCUUCUUCUUAUUACCGCACCGUUUCUUUCCGCUGUUCCCCCACUUUGCGUCAUGACUUCUAGCUAUGCACAUGUAAUGGACAGGCAAGCAUCGCUAUCAAACCGCCUGGAGAGCCCGAUCACGUCUAACCUGGACAACCUACAAGCCAAAAAGAACUUCUCGGUCAGCCACCUGUUGGAUCUGGAAGAGGCCGGGGAAAUGGUCGGCACCCAGGCGGACGAGAGCAUCGGGGAGGCGGGGAGGAGUAUGCUGGAGUCCCCGGGGCUCACCAGCGGGAGCGACACGACCCAGCAGGAGAAUGAACAGAUGAACACGGAGGAGAAAAAGAAGAGGAAGCAGCGCAGGAACAGGACCACCUUCAACAGCAGCCAGCUUCAGGCUCUGGAGCGAGUGUUCGAGAGGACACACUACCCCGACGCCUUCGUCAGAGAGGACCUGGCCCGCCGCGUCAACCUCACCGAGGCCAGAGUCCAGGUUUGGUUCCAGAACCGGAGAGCUAAGUUUCGCAGGAACGAGCGCGCCAUGCUGGCCAGCAAAAACGCCUCGCUCCUUAAAUCUUACUCCGGAGACGUGACGGCGGUGGAGCAGCCAAUCGUACCGCGCCCUGCACCGCGCCCAAACGACUACCUGUCCUGGGGCAGCGCCGCCCCCUACAGUCCCGUCGCUCCCCUCUGUCAGCAUGAGCAGGGCAGGCCCAGAUCCUGUGACCCUCCUGACGAGCGCCAUGGCAACCUACCCGCCCACCUGCUCCAACACCAACACGUCCCAGGGCAUGAACAUGGCCAACAGCAUCGCCAACCUGCGGCUCAAAGCCAAGGAGUACAGCUUGAACCAGGUGCCCACGGUCAACUGAGAGGAGGAGAAGCCGGGGGAGCGCUCCGGCCCUGGACCCCCGCCGACGGACCCCGUCUCUGGGUCCAGCAUCAUCUCACACACCCCGGAUCCUAAAGCCUGCUCUUCUUUUUUUUUUAACAGAGCAGCCCCCACUGUGGCGAUACUACACCUAUAUGCAAAAAUUGUUUGGACACCGAGCGCUGGCAGGAUGGUUUUUCCCCAAAAGCCGCCUUUUUAUUUUGAUUUUAUUUUGAUUUUUUUUUUAUUCUCCUGAGCAUCACUGAACUCUACUUUUGUACAAAAAAAUAAUAAGAGACACCUAGACUGGAUGCUGUAGCCGACAAAUAUCUGCGUAGUUUUACAAUUUUGUGAUUGUGACUGAAAUGGAAAGAUGGUUUUUAUUAUUAUUAUUUUUUUUAAUCAGAGAACUUGUUCUCGACGGAGACUCG